GUGGCAUGCGCGCCCGCGUCGCACCUGGGAACUUUCAAGUGGGCAGCGACCUCAUCUCUCGCCUUUCUCCACUCGAGUCAGGUUAGCACCAUCACCAGCACACCAAGUUCGCAGGGCGGAUAUCAGAUCAUCUUGUCUUAUUGCAUCAUAUCACUCAUAUCCCCUGAAUCCACAGCACCAUCACCCACAAGGCUUGAGAGGUUGGAAACACUUGACUGGUCGGCUUCAGCCCUCCACAUUUGGUUUAUUGCGUUGACAGUUCACGGCUGACACUUGUUUGCUCCUCCUCCACAGCAGAGCGCAGAUUGGUUGCCAGCUGCGCUGGAAAAAAAGGUCUUGGUGGAAAACAGGGCAGACAGUAAGACUCAGAGCAAGGCGGUCGGUACAAUGGCAUCUCCAGUUCCCAGUUCGGAUGAAGGGGAAAUUGUAGAGGCAACUUCCCUGCCUCGCGCUGAACGAAACAUUGAUGUUGACCGAAGAGGCAGACAUCAUCAAGGAAGACAAGCGUCCCGCGAGCCCGAGUAUGAUACAGCAGCUCGACGUAGCCACUCUCCUCGGGGCUGGAAAAGACCCAGCGAUGAUCGGGACGACCACCAUACUCGCGAUAGACGGGAACCACGCCAGUUCCGCGUACGCUAUGAGGACAACUACCGAGAUGACCGUCGCCAUGGCCGCGACUUAGAUCGCCCUCCCUCUCGCGGAUCCGAAUUGCUGUACGACGAACGCCCGACUCACUCUGGACAUCGAGACUAUCGCGGUGGCAGUGACCGCAACCGUGGCUCUGACCGAGGUUAUGGCAGGGACCGCGAUCAUGAUGACUACCCAGACAAGCGGCCUAGAAACCACAGUCGCUCUCCCAGAGAUCGCCGUGAUCGGGGAAGGCGAGACAGGGGCCGUUAUGGCUCGGACCGUCAUGCGGCAGACGAACACAAGUAUAGUGCCCAUGUCGAUAGACAGUCGCAGAACGGCUCCCUCUCCAAGAAGGCCAGCUCUGUGGAAGCUUCGGGUGUUUCCAAAAACCAUGCUAAAAUUGACCAAGGUGCAACGGCUGAACGCGGUAUCAAUGAGCUUGCCAUCUCACAGAACGGUAUUCCCACUCAAGAUUCUGCUCAGGCUGCCGAACCUGACAUGGACUGGGACCCAGAUGCUGUCAUGGACGAGGAAGCUAGGGAGAAGGCCGAAAUCGAACGUCGUCGCCGCCUCAGAGAAGCUGCCUACAAGAGAGGUAUUGGAGCUUCAACCCCCACUAUUCAAUCAUUGCAGGCUGGCGAAAAGAAUGUGUCCAGUCCAGCAUCCACUCGCCAGAGCACCCCUGGUCUCCUGAAAGUGGACGCAGCUACUCCCAACUCUAACGGCAUCUCAUCACCAGCUCUGUCCCCUGGUAAAGCCCCAGAGGACAUGUCUGCAACGGCCCUCAAUUUUGCUGAUGAUCAAGCUCUCAUUAAUGCUCACAUUCGAGCCAAGUCUCAUGACGAGGAUGGCCCUUCAGCUGCAGAUUAUGACCCGACCGUGGACAUGCAGGAAGACGAGAAACGGGAUGAGCAGCGACAUGGCAACGUAGGGUUACAUGGUGAGCUGCGAGACCCCUCUCAGCCAGAGGCUGCCACGGUUUCCGCUUCGGGGGAGCAAGAGAAUGGCACCAAGAAAGCAGACGAAGACGACGAUGACUUCGACAUGUUUGCGGAUGACUUCGACGAGCAGAAAUUCGCAGCUCCAGCGCAGCCGAAGGCUGCGGCAGCUGACGAUAGUAGACCUCAGCAUGGCGCAGGCGGCAAAAAUAUCGAGGGGGACGACAAGGACGGCUACUACAAGAUUCGGCCUGGUGAGCUCCUCGAUGGUCGCUAUCAGGUUCUCACUACCCUCGGCCGUGGCAUGUUUUCAGGGGUAGCACGUGCUGUUGAUGUCACCAACAAGCAAGUGGUUGCCAUCAAGAUCAUGCGGAACAAUGAUGCGCUGCGGAAAGGCGGUUUUACAGAGAUUGCCAUUCUUCAGAAGCUCAACGCGGCCGACCCGGACAACAAAAAGCAUCUGGUUCGGUUUGAAAGAUCAUUCGAGUACAAGGGCCACUUGUGUAUGGCGUUUGAGAAUUUGAGCAUGAACCUGCGCGAAGUUUUGAAGAAGUUUGGCAACAAUGUGGGCAUCAAUCUGAAUGCGACUCGGAUAUAUGCCUCCCAAAUCUUCAUUGCCCUUGGACAUAUGCGCAAGUGCAGCAUCAUCCAUGCUGAUCUGAAGCCUGACAAUAUUCUGGUCAACGAGGCGCGGAAUGUGCUCAAGAUUUGCGAUUUGGGAACAGCCAUCGAUCGUUCUGACGCGGCAACGGCGUCGACAGAGAUUACACCGUACUUGGUCAGCAGAUUCUAUCGUGCCCCUGAAAUCAUCCUGGGCAUGCCUUACGACUAUGCCGUGGAUAUGUGGUCGAUUGGAUGCACCCUCUACGAGUUGUAUACCGGCAAGAUUCUCUUUACUGGCGAUAGCAACAACCAGAUGCUCAAAAACAUCAUGGAGAUCCGCGGAAAACUCAGUGCCAAGAUGUACCGACGCGGCCAACUGUCGAGCAUACACUUUGACGAGCUCGGCAACUUCAUCAGCGUGGAACGGGACAAGGUUCUUGGAAAGACCACAGUGAAGACCUUGCCUGUCGUUAAGCCAACCCGGGAUUUGCGUACCCGCCUCCUCGCGGCUUCGAGCGGUAUGAACGACUCGGAGACCAGGGAUUUGAACCAUUUCAUUGACCUGCUUGAGCGUUGCCUGACGCUGAAUCCCGACAAACGGCUCACGCCUGCAGAGGCGUUACGCCACCCCUUUUUUCCUCAGAAGACGCACCCAUCCACCGCCGCCCGAUAGAGCGGGCCCUCUACUAGGUCCGACCAUUGAGAAGAGGCAUGUUUACAUGCUGCCCCGGUGAGAGAAGGCGCUUCCCCACCUCUUGCAUAUGUCGUUUUGCGGCGAUGGCUGGAUGGCUAGGUUUAGAUAUGGGUCGGAUGGCUGGCUUGUUUACGGAAGGGGGGGCUUUUGUUUCGAUAUCGUCUGCAAACAGGGUUGUAUAUUGGACACCCUGAAGACUCCUUUCUCCAUGGGGUCAACUGGACUGGCAGGGUAAUCAAGGGGACCGGAACUGGACCGGAGUUGAUGUUGUUUUUCUAGCAUGAGGGUGGUAUAAACAUGGCACAACCCCACAUGACACUGCCAAAGGGACAUAUGCAUAGGCACAAGGAUUAGAUUAGAAGUAAACCUGGUGAUUUUAUUGUUUGUUUUACGCA